GCUAUGUCUUAGACGAUUUCACCAGCACAAGAACUUGCUGCCCUCUACAACUUGAACUUCUCAGACGUCCAAAGAGUCACAACGUAUCAAUUUAAAUAUGGGGAUUCUGAGGCACCUAUUGAUCCUCCACCUCCUCUGGGCUGCUUUGGUUUUUUGCCAGUAUGAAGACUAUGAUUUUGAGGAUGAAUAUGGUGGGGAGCCAGAUCACCAAGGUCCAUAUUAUUUUAACCCAGAUGCCCAAGUUGAAGCUCGUUUUCCUUUCCCAGUUGAGUGUGCCAAGGAAUGCUUCUGUCCACCAGCUUUUCCCUUAUCCAUGUACUGUGAUCACAGGAAACUCAAGACAAUCCCAAACAUCCCCAGUCAUGUCCAACAACUUUAUCUGCAAAACAACAACAUUGAAGCUGUGCCUGCAGGACCAUUCACUAAUGUUACCUUCAUAAGGGAAAUUAACCUCAGCUACAACAAUAUUAAAUUCCAUAUGAUUGACCAUGGUGUUUUUGCCAAACUUUCACACCUAGUGCAACUUCAUUUACAACACAAUGAAUUGGAAGAAUUUCCAUUCCCUCUGCCCAGUUCUCUAGAGAGACUCCUCCUUGGUUUCAACAACAUUUCCCGGUUACCUGCAAAUGCAUUGGAAGGAUUGCCCAACAUGACCACGCUUGACCUUUGCAACAACUUACUUGAUGACUCAGUAUCCAAAGACAAACCCUUCUCAAACAUGAAAAAUUUAAUGCAGCUCAAUUUAUGCAACAACAAAUUACAGACGAUGCCUCCUGACCUGCCACCAUCACUUCGGCAUCUUUCUCUUGAAAAUAACUCCAUUUCUCAUAUUCCAGAAAACUAUUUCCACAGACUUCCCCACAUCAUUGCUCUGAGAAUGUCCCACAAUAACCUGCAGGACAUUCCAAACGACACCUUCAAUCUACCCAACCUUCUAGAACUUAAUCUUGGACAUAACAAAUUGAAACAAGUGUUCUAUAUUCCAAGAAGUUUGCAGCAUUUGUACAUUGAAGACAAUGAAAUUGAAAACAUCAAUGUUACUGUGAUGUGCCCAACUCUGGACCCACUGAACAUCAAGCAGCUAACCUACAUACGGGUGGACCAGAACAAGCUCACAAGCCCCAUCAGCACCUACGCCUUCUUCUGCUUCCCUCUCAUCAGAACCAUUUAUUAUGGAGAGCAAAAUGUCACUGUCAGCAGGCCAAGCCAGCUCAGAACACCGGUGUUCCGGCGGUUUCUGACACCAGAGGAAUUCCAGGAAGCAGAAGACAAUCAUGAAACGCUCAAUCAAGAAACUGAAGAAGAUCAUGAAGCAGAAGACAGCUAUUUUCAUCCUUACUAUCAAUGAAGUAAUCAUUGUUAAUAAGUAUAUAUAGAAACUUCUCAUUAGUCUGGGUUAUUCAGAUCUAUCCUAGAACAAG